UUGGCGAAAUCGUUAUCAGUGCUCUUCCCGAGGUCGAUAAGUUUCUUGUUGAAGUGAGCAGUGCAAGAGUUUGUGGCGAAAGAAAUACCGCAACCCCAACGCAAUGGCGAGCCAGUGCAGUUCGCAAGAUCGGAGCAACCUGGAGAAGUACAUUCGCCAGCUGGCAAUGAAAUCCGCACAAAUCAUUGUUCAGUCACGGCUGGGCGAGAAAAUGUCCACCGAAAGUAAUCCCAACUCAACGACAACGGAUUGGUUUAACAUCGCAAUCACCGAUCAGAAGUCGCUGCUGGACGUUCUGGUCGAGACGAAGAAGGUUCUGCAAGAGGGCAGCCAGCAUGAAUCGAUCGUCAACCGGUUGCCGCUGUGCGUAGAAAUUUCCCUCCAAACGGCCGAGGGUGGUAGCAUGAUAUUGGAGUUUUGGACGCUGAGCAUCAGAACCGAUCAGACGAACGCACCGCAGCGUGCCAACCAGGUGAUCUACAACCGUAUGAGCUUGCUGCUCAAGUCGCUCCUAUCCGUCACGCGAGUUACACCGGCCUACCGGGUGUCCCGACUGAAGCGCACCGACUCGUACGACAUCUACUAUCGAAUCUACAAAGGCGACCCCCAGACCAAUCAGUUGGGCGAUGGUUACAACCAGGUUCGCGUCGGACAGUUGUGCACACAGAUCGGAACACUAAACAUGGCAGUCGCCUACCGGACGAAGAUUACGUUCUCGCCAACGCAAACCGGACGCGACAACGCGAUCAUGUUGAAGAGCGAUCACUUCCUGAAGGAUAUCAGCCCGAAGCACGUACGCUACAACUACAACAAGAAAACUGAGAAAAAGAUAAUUGACUUGGACAAACCGAUGCGAUGUGGUGCCUUUGUCGAUGCCUCACGGGUAAAGAAGUACACCGAGGACGAUCACAUACUUCCCGAAACGCCACCCUACAGCUGGCUACUACCGAAGCCACGUGACGAGGGUGCCUUCCGUGACUGCGGCGAGGACCGCGUUUCGCUACACUCGCCGACGACGACGACGGCGGCGACGGUGGAUGAAAACUGCUCCAGCAACGCUAACAAUCUCAUCAACAUCAACAACAACAACAAUAACAACAACAUCAAUAGUAAGGGAUCGUACGAGUCGAACGGCGGUGGCGCCGGACCAAUGCACUUCCGUCUGUCCCAGUCACCUAAGGGGGGCGAUUCGUUCGGAUCGCUAGCAUCGACCGCCACGGUUGCGAUUCCCGCCAGCACCACCUCCACCAACAACACCGGAACCACCUCACCACCCAGCUCGUUGGGUGCCGGUGGGAUCGGCGGUGAGCUGCGAAGAUCGUCCCGGUGGUCGAUCCGCCGGGACCCGUCCGAGGACGACCGGAUGCUGAAGGAGCUCCACUUUGCAUUUGCCGAAUCGACGGCCCAGAACGAGCUGGCAAAGUUUUUGCGCGAAUGCCAGAACGCACCCGCCCUGCAGGAGUUCGAUCUGAUGCGAUCGAGCGGCGCCGACACGAUCACGGAGGAGGCGAACGUCGACGGUAGCCGGAUACUGACCGAGGCCGACACCGGCCCGGACAGUGGCGAGGAGGACAGUGAGCUCAAUGACGUCACCCGCCAGCUCGAGCAGUUCGAGACGUCGCUACCCGACUUCGAGUACCUCGUGACGUCCGUCUGCCAGACGGUGGACGACAACUCCAACAGCUAAACGGGACCGAACCGGGGCGCGAGUUGAGUUCGUCGGGAAUAGGGGAUUGAUAGAUGAUAGUGACUUUUUUUUUAUUCGAGAGAAUCAACUGUCGACUGAUAUUUUUUUGAUGAUAUUCAUCUUACCACACAACCACACAUACACACGCCCACACAAACAGACUAUCACGACACUACACAACACAUUUGGAAACAAAACCACAGGCAAACCCCCACACAAUGGCAGACUUUUUUGCGAUGACAGACAUGAAAUGUAGCGAUGAAAAAUUUGCAAAGGAAAUGGAGAAAUGGACUCCAAGGCGUAGAAAGUAGGAUCUGUCGAAGCGCAAUAGCGGUAGGAAGCGGUGGCCAAAGAGAAGAUUUGUAUGCAACAGAACAGACCGAAUGGUGAUGUUAAUGCCCGGGGGGAGUACAGUACUUGCCCGGAUGUGUUUUCCAGGCGAUUCAGGCGCGCGAGCCAUGAACGUGUGUCCGUAUGCAAAAAUAAGUUUCCUUGCCUUAGCCAUUACUCUUUAGCUUAGGCUCUCGCGUGUAGGGGCAGCGCGUACGUCUAGUAAGUUCAUAAUCGAUGCAUCGAUGAAUCAAAGUUCCUUAGCGUGCGAGACUGGGGUCGGAGUGCUAGUACGAUACACACGAUACCGAUUAGGUUCCCCCGUUGGUUACCCUUGCUCGUAAUUCCCAACCCCCUUUCCAAACAAACUGAACAAAAGGAUAUUUCUUGAUCAUUUGACAUUUAUUAUUUAUGCUCGUGUGUUAGGGAAGCAAAAUUAUCUAACCUGCCAUACUACAAAAUAGCGCGGAAUAGGAAAGCUUUCCGUCGGUUUUUUUUAAAUUUCUUUUACCCCUUUUUCCAUCAUCACGUGGUGUAUUUUAUGUAGCCUCGGAUGUAUGUUAAGUAAUUGGAACUGAUUGGCUUUAAUAUUUUUCUGUUCUUUUUCGCUUGCUUAGAGAGCGCGAUAGUGUUGUACGAGAUGUUGUACGAAAUUGGAGGAAUGCUUGUUGAAACAAAAAUUAGGCUAGACGCAUUACGUUCUCUACGGAAACAUUUUCUUUACACGAUUGAAACCGCACCACGUCAGCUCUUUUGUACAUAGGCCAACAAUAUUCAUUUUAUUUUAUUAUAAUCAUUGCGAAAUUCAUUGUACAUAACGAAUUACAUACGAAUAAUCAUUAUCAGGCUUUUAUUUUUCUGGCGUUAGGGAACGGUUUCGAUCUGUCGAAGGAAAAAGAAAAUGUUUCCCGUAUCGAACGUAAAUUGGUAAUGCAACAUGGAGUGUUUUUAGGCAGAAUUGAAAAACAAAAUACAUACGAAAGCCCCAACCACCAUCGUUAUCACGUACCAGAAACGACGGAACCAGCCAAUGUGUUUGUACGCCGGGAACUCCUAUUGUUAUUCACGAUUUUUAUUCUUCUAUCAGUUUAUAUUGGAUUAGAGAGAUACAACUAUUUGGGCAAUGCGGUUGCCAAACUUAAUAUCUAAGCAUGGGAAUGUAGCAUUAAAAUAUAAUCCAAUGAAGCCUACGCUUUGCUCUAUAUGCCUUAUAGGAAUUUUUAUUUUUAUCUAUCAAGCAAAUACCAUUGUAUCGAUUACAUUUCUUUCUGUUUUUUAUGCUUACACCACCACGGCCAGAGAAUGGGUGAAAAAUAAGCAUGCUUCUGAGAAAAGGAAAACAUUACGUUUAGGAAUUGCGAUCAUUGUCUUCAGUGUUAUCUCACAGUACGUCGAAUGGUAAAUUCACUUUGAUUAGCAUCACAUAUCACGAGCUGUAGUUUGCUUUCUUUCUUCUUUUUUCCGUUUCCAAGAGACUGAUGGGCUUUAAGGUAGAAAAAUGUGUAUCUAGGGUGUAUUUAGUUUUACUUUUUACAUUUUAUUUUACAUCUUAAAUCGAGUCAUUUUUUGUUUCCUCCAUGGGCUAAUUAUAGGAUAAACAAGUUUCUUUGAAUAUUUGGCAGGGAUUGUGAUGUGUAU